AUGAUGCAGCGUACAGUGAGUUGCCUCGGUUACGUUCGUGUUCCGGCUGCCGCCGCAGACAUCAUUGGGACAGGGACACACCGUCAUCACCAUUUGCAUCAGCAGCGUCAGAUCACAACGCGGGGACAAUUUAAUCCGGUACAUGACUUUGCGUAUGCCAUAGAGCGCGGUGUACGCGCGAGGGACGAGAAGGCAUUUGAGAAGCUCAUCACCAAUCCCGGUCCUCUGCGCAUUGCCUAUUCACCCGACUACUUGGACUGGCUUUACCGCUGCUACAAGGCGAAGGUCAAGUACCUGGAUGCACGUGCGGCGGCGGAGAAAAAGUUUAACGGCAACCUCAUUAGCAGCGAAGUGGUGACAAGAUCCUCAGGUGAACCAAACAAUCCCUUGCCGGGUGCCCCACCACCAGGCAUGUUUCUUCGACCCCCACAUUCGUUCCGUCGCAUCUCAGGUGAGAUGAGGCGCAAACAUGCGCAAGAAACCCUUGAUGAGGUUGCCAAGGCGCAAGGGAUGCUUGAUCUUUUUGAGCGUCAGCCACAGUUUCCAGCCAUUCACAUUGAUCGAUGCACGCGCUUUCACCUUGUUGAGUUGUUUAAAGAGAUGGUGCUUGAACGCUCCCUUGAAGCCACUGCAAUUUGGGACAAGGCAUUACUCUAUCGCGCCAUCUUGUCAGAGCGGAAGCCGUCCUACCCAUCUUCAUUCCGUUAUAUCUUUAACGCUGUCGAGGAGACCGUGUUUGCGCCCAGCUCGGUCAACUGCCCCUCACUUGAGGCGUACUACUACUUUUUGUAUUUGGUGAAGAAGUACUACAUUGACAACGCUGUGGAGGCACACGUGGUGUUGCGUUGUCAUCGGGAGCCGAAUAUGUCAGAUUUACUCUUCUCAAAUCCCCCACCGAAGGAUGAUGUAGAGGUGCGACAGGCAAUUGAAACCUUGCGGUCGGCGGAAGCCACUUCUUCUGCCGCUUCAUCCAUCGCAAAUAAGAAUGUGAGCGUGGGUAAUAAUCGCGGCGACACUGAAAAAAAGGACGCCUCUGGCGCUAAGGCGAAAAGAUCUUGUCAAUUUGUACCACCUAGUAUGUAUCCACCCAUUGAAGCGUUGUGGCGUUGUGAGGAGAAUUUGGCGCUGCUUAAGAUCAUUCUCUUUGGUGAGUUCAACUUGAUUGUCUCAGAGAAUCCCUUUGUGAAGUUUCCUGGCGCCCACGCCUUUCUUACAAGGCCCUACUCUACGGAAUCCUCAAAAGGCACAAUUGACGGUGCCAGUCUUGCCCAUGUCAUUGCAGAGAAACGUGGACAUCUGCUUCCUUCAUUUCCACGGAAUGUGGCGUUCGCCAUUGAUGGCCGGGCUCAGGAUUUACGUCGUCUGCAGCAGAAACACCACCGUGAUGACAUCGUCAGUUUUCAGACGUUACUGCGCAGCACGCACGUUGAAGACAAUCCCUCGACCUUUUCUAGUUACUCGGAUUGGAGCUAUUUUAACCCGAGAGCUGUACGUGCAGAGGAGCGUGACAGACUCACACGAAAAGGCAUAGUCGCUCUGAAGGAAUAUGAUUCCGCCACUGAAGACAUUUAUCGGCGUAGCUUUGAGGAUGCACAGGCAAGUAACUUCCAGCGUGUGACGGAGGCAUGGAAUACCUUUCCACCGUAUUUGCCAACACUACCACAUUUUGUUUCCGUCAUUAAAAAAGAUCCUCACAUUUCUUUCCUGUCUCAUGUUGGGUUGCCAGAGAAAAUUGUCAGUGCAGAGGCCGCCGCUAAACAUAAAGAGUUUGAGAGGCGUAUUUACCAACUUGCUCGCGCGUUAUAUCACACGGCUUUGGAGUUUCACAUGGAGACGGUGCGGCGGGUGAAUCGGCAGAAGGUUAACAUCGCGGCCUCCCUCUUGGAUAGUUUUGUUGAGCAAGAAUGGGCAUCCAUGCUACAAGAGAGUGAUUCUUCGGAGACGCUAAUGGGUCAGAGCGCUCUGCCGGAUAAAAAGGCGGAUAUGGCACGGCGACUGGGACGCUACAUGCCUUUUGCGCGCCGCUCACUUGAUGAGCACGGCUUCCCAACGGAUGCCCGCGCUGACGACUACGCACGGUGGAUGGAGGCUCCUGCCCGAGUGAAGAGAACUGCUUAG